CAGGUCUCGGGCUGCCCCACCGAAAAGGGCGGUGCGUGCGGAGGCCUGGCGCGGUCCCCGCUGGGCCUUGGGUGCUGGGCCGGGCACGGGCGGAGAGAGAGCCCGGGUUCGGCGCGGCCAAGUCCCCAGUCCUCUGCAGUCCCCCGAGGCUCACCGAGCGCCUCUGUGGAGUCCCGCGACGCGCAGGCAGGGUGGCUGCUGCAGCAGGUGUCGAUGUGCCUGACGAGAUGAAGAGCCGGAUCCCUGUGGUGCUCCUGGCCUGUGGCUCCUUCAACCCCAUCACCAACAUGCACCUCCGCUUGUUCGAGGUUGCCAGGGACCACCUUCACCAAACAGGAAGGUACCAGGUGAUCGGGGGUAUCAUCUCUCCGGUCAACGACCACUACGGGAAGAAAGACCUCGCCGCUGCCCGGCACCGGGUGGCCAUGGCCCGGCUGGCCCUGCAGACGUCCGACUGGAUCCGAGUAGACCCCUGGGAGAGCGAGCAGACGCAGUGGAUGGAGACGGUCAAGGUGCUGAGGCAUCAUCGCAGCGAACUGCUCAGAUCUCUGCCCAAGACAGAAGGCGCAGACCAAGGCAGGGCCGCCUCCCCGGCCCCCGCAGCUGUGCCUGAGCUGAAGCUCCUGUGCGGGGCAGAUGUGCUGAAGACCUUCCAGACCCCCAACCUCUGGAAAGAUGCACACAUCCAGGAGAUAGUGGAGAAGUUCGGCUUGGUGUGCGUGGACCGGGUAGGGCAUGACCCAAAGGGGUACAUCUUGGGCUCGCCCAUCCUGCAGAAGUACCGGGACAACAUCCACCUGGCCAGGGAGCCUGUGCAGAACGAGAUCAGCGCCACGUACAUCAGGCGGGCCCUGGCCCAAGGGCAGAGCGUGAAGUACCUGCUCCCGGAUGCCGUCAUCUCCUACAUCAAGGAGCACGGCCUCUACACCAGGGACACCAGCACGGAGAGGAAUGAAGGUUAGAUGGGCUGGACCAGCCGCUCCUCCCCAACCGAACGCCUCCUGAGGACAGGCCGGCUAAGGUCUUGGUUUUCGUUCAUUUUUCCAUCUUUCAUUUGGUCUGUUUCAACAGCAGUUUUGUUUCUGAGGAGUCUUCUGUGCCAGGAAGAGAUACCUUCUUUUGGGAGGACCAAAUGUCUACCUCACAAGGAGGGACAUUUAUCAUAGAAGUUAAAAUGGUGUUGCAGGUCACUGGGGUUAGGCAAGAGCUCUCAGAACCUCUGGUUAAAGAGAUCUUAUUUUGUAAAUGGUAGUUAUGGCUGCGCACUGAAGGUUCUGCACGUGACAGGGACCGCUGAGGGUCAGAUCGGAAUUGCCCACAAUGUGUUUUUCUAACCAGGACCAGGUGCAGCUUGCCGGUCUUGAUUGGAGAGGCUUGACAGGAUGCUAAUUACCAAACGGCAGGCUUUGUCAAUGCUUUGCUUCAACAAAAUAACACUCUGUCAGGGUGUCAAGAAUUUGGAAGCUGCACUUUGCUGAUUUACAUUGAAUCUUCCUUACGAACCAUUGUCUGCCUGCCUACUGGCCAUCGAUAGAAUUUAAACUAAAGUCUUUCUAAGUAGUGAUACUCAAACAAUAUUUUUGAUACAGUAUAUAUAUUUUUUUCUAAUACAGCUAAUCUAUGAAUGCUAGCACUCCCGAUUUCCAGGUUUCUAAAAAGGAACUGAGGUAAAACAGAGGCCUUGACUAUUUUAGAGGAUCUUCUUGAAUGUUUUAUGACUGCCUGCCUGUUUGAAUAUUGGCAAAGGGAUAAAUAAUAAAUUGACAUCAAAAAGUGCUAAUGAAAAGUUUCUCUUUUUUCUUUCUUUGUUAUAUUAUUCAUGCCUGAUGUGCCAGCUGUUGCUCUGCUCUUCUUUUUGGCUAUUCCAUGAAAUUUGCUAGUGUUCCAAUCGAACUGGCAUGAAUUUGAAAGUUUCUGUUCCCGGGGAUGAGCAGUGGAGGGAAGACACUGCUUUCAACACCAAGCAGACGGUUCUCUGAGCUCUGGGUCGAUGGCUGUGUUCAGGUGAGCCCUGAAAGGUACAGACAGGAGCCUUGUGUGUGUUCAGGAUUUGUCCUUCCACCCCCAGUUAGGAAGAGGUGGUUUUGAUUGGCCGAAUUCAGUUUGAGUUUACUCUUUCUACUUCCUGACCAAACGACUGAACGCGUUCAGAAUUGACUUCUCCAGGAUUUUACGCUGGUUCAUCCUUGCUACAAAUGUAAUCGUGCAGAAACACAAAGGGUCAGUGGGAAGAAUCUUGUAUCUUCCGAAAUAUAUCCCAGUGUUGGCAGGUGUGUCAUGAUGCACAUGAGUGAAGCAGGAAAUCAUCAGGAUUUCCUGCAUCGAGAGUAGUGGGACCCUCCAGUGAGGGUCCCCAGACUUCCGCCCCUGCAACCUCUGAAGCUGCUGGCCAUUCCCCACCCUGAUGAGCUCUGCCCUUAAGAGCUCCUUAAGGACCCUGAUGAUUCAGGGGAAUAGGGAUCAAACGGCCUUGUCCAGGAGCUGCCACAGCAAGUUGACUGCCUCGCUUCCCCACCAUGAGCCUUAGUUUCCCAGUCUCUAAAAUGGGGAUGUUUAAUUAGACAGCCUCUAAAUUCUCUUCCAUUUUUCUAAGACUCUGAGUGCCUCUGACUUCAGCCUCUCCACCCUUCUUUGGGUCCAAUACACUUCUGACCAAACUGGAAGCUCCCCAAGGGAAGGGUCUGUGUUCUGGAGGGUUAUUUGCGGGGGGAGGGGGGCUUUUUUUUUUUUUUUUUUUGGCUGCUGUAUCCUAAGUGCCAAGAAAUUUGCUACUCCAAGUGGGCCCAGUGUUUGUCUGCUGUGGGAGCUGGUUAGAAAUGCAGGCUCUCAGGCCCCACCCCAGACCUACUGACUAAGAAUCUGCAUUUGAAUAAGCUUCCCCCACCAUUCAAUGCACUUGCCUAGAAUAGUCCCUGUUAUGAUAAAUAUUAGUUUUGUUUUGAAUAAACUGUUUGUAUGAGUGAAA